UGCUUCUCCGUUUGGUUACCUCCUAGUUCCGGUACUAGUAGUUGGUGGUCUUAUUAAUUGGGCUUUUUGCAUCCGCAUCCACCAUGCUCCCUGUCCAAAUUCCUACUCCUCUGCCAUGGUGCUGGAAAUCUCGUGUCCUAAAGAAUUCGGAUUGAGAGCCAAACGGGAUUGGUGCUGAGCGUGAAACCCAGAGAUGUUCUACUAUCCUAACGUGCUUCAGCGCCACACAGGCUGCUUCGCCACUAUCUGGCUGGCAGCAACCCGAGGCAGCCGGUUAGUGAAGCGUGAAUACCUGAAAGUGAACGUAGUAAAGACUUGCGAGGAAAUCCUCAAUUAUGUGCUGGUACGAGUGCAACCUCCGAUGCCUGGGCUGCCCCGGCCCCGCUUCUCCCUCUAUCUCUCUGCGCAGCUGCAGAUCGGUGUGAUAAGGGUCUACUCUCAGCAGUGCCAGUACCUUGUGGAAGACAUCCAGCAUAUCCUAGAACGUUUGCACCGGGCCCAGAUGCGGAUUCGCAUUGAUAUGGAGGAGGCUGACCUACCUAGCUUGCUUCUUCCCAACUGUCUGGCCAUGAUGGAGACACUGGAAGAUGCCCCAGAACCCUUUUUUGGGACGAUGUCUGUGGAUCCAGGACUUCCCAGCCCUUUUGAUAUUCCUCAGAUUCGACACCUUUUAGAGGCUGUGACUCCAGAGAAAAUUGGUAAGGAGACCCCCCCUCCUGAAGUCACUGCAGAGCCCAGGGAGCCAAACAGGACCUUAGCCACUGUUCAUUCUCCUGAGGCCAUCACCCUACAGGAGGCAGAGCCCAUACGCAUGCUGCGGAUUGAGGGAGAGCAGGAUCUCCCAGAGGUCAGCCGAGGUGAUUUGGACCUGCUGAUUGCGGAGGAAGAUGAUGCCAUAUUGCUGGAGGAACGUCAGCGAGGCAGGCUUCUCCAGCGUCGGAGAGCUUCUCCAGCACUGGAUGAAUCCAAGGAAGAGCCCAGGGCCAUGGAGGGUGAUGGUGUGGUCCCUUCACUCUCACCUCCAGCUCCAGCUCCAGCUCCAGCACAGGUUGAAGGGAUAAGAGAACCACUUCCAAGCCAGGUCUUCGCUCCCGAGGUACAGAAGUUGACAGGCUGGGAGCCUGGGGCCUUACUCACUGAGGUGACCCCUCCUCAGGAGCUACGUCUACCUGCUCCGCUUAGUGCAGAGAAGAGGCCUCCAUCACCUCCGAGCCGACCUGGCCGCCGAAGCCGCCGCCGCCGCCAGUUACUAUUCUGGGACAAGGAGACCCAGAUCUCCCGGGAGAAAUUUGAGGAACAGCUGCAGACCGGGGUUCACUGCCAGGUGUAUCCUGUGGUCCAGCCUGAAAGGAUGAUCACAAGCCCAGCGGAGCUCUUCAGAACCCCAACUCUCUCUGGCUGGCUGCCCCCAGAACUACUAGCUUUAUGGACCCACUGUGCCCAGAUACCCCCGAGAAUGCUCAGACAAAGACCACAGCUGGAGCCUGAAGAGGUAGCUGAGGAGGAAAGAAGAAAGACUGAAGCUCUGAGUGAGAUCGAGGUUCUGAGGGAGGCCCAGGAGCCCAGUGGUCCCCUCAUGAUCUCCUCAGAGCUCUCCCUGGAAGCGGCUGAAGAGGAAAAGUCCCGUACUAGCCUCAUCCCCCCAGAAGAACGAUGGGCCUGGAUUGAGGAGGGGCAGCCAGAACCUCCUGCACUGCCCAUGCUGCCUGAAAUCCCUGAAGUGCCCAUGGAGAUGCCCCCAGGGCCUGAGCUACUCUCUUCAGAGGCUGUACUUAGGGCAGUAGCACUGGAGCUGCAGGCCAACAGGGAGCCAGACUUCAGCAGCCUGGUGCCCCCUCUCAGCCCCAGGAAGCUGGCUUCUCGGGUCUUCUCCCUGCUCCUGGUGCUGUCCGCACAGAAGAUCCUUCGUGUGGAACAAAAGAAGCCAUAUGGGCGCCUCCUGAUCCAUCCGGGACCCAGAUUCCACUGAGCAAGUUCAUUAAACCAUACCCUACC